CAUGAUCUCGAGAUUCUGUGUUCACAGUUCGCUGAGCGAGUUUGUCGGACCGUAACAAUGUGCAAGCAAUUUAACCUUCUUCUCCCUUACUUUGUCUCUUUAUCUCGCUCGCUGUUGCUCUCUCUCUUUCUGUAAUAAUCUGUAAUUUCUUAUUAAUAAUUACCCAGAGUUUACGAGUUUGCGAAAGUUCAGAUGAAGCUGAGAAGGCGUCAAACUUUAAACCGUGUACUUGGCUUUUGAUACUAUUUUUAAUUCUUCACAAAUAUAAUUAAUAACUUCGUAACUGUGCUUUGAAUAUUGUCAAGAUGCAGUUUAUUAACUAGUGAUCUUCCGUUAUCAACAAUAUAUAAGUCGUAGUGAAUGUAGUGAGUAUGGUGAUAAAUUCUUUCGAGGAAGAUCAAAAUAGUCAACAAAGCUCGUAUGCAUAUGUAAUGAAUAUUGAAAAGUGUAAGUUCCAACGAGUCGCGAGUGAUACAAAAUAAUGUGAAAAAAAUGUCUGCCACAACUUGGAGGAAAAUGUUUGAGAAAUUUGGUCAACCUCGCACAGUCACAUCAAGAUGCAUUUCGGAGUCUAGUGACAGAGACGAAGAGGCGAUAAUAAUAUCGUGGAAAAAGCGGGAAAAACAUGGCCGACAGAAGACGGAGGAGCGGAUACCUGACGAUCAGCGUUUUGCACAUUAUAAUGAUAAUGGGUCAAGCGCUGACGGAUGGGCCCAGGUUCGCUGAGCCGAUUCCAAAUGUUACGGUCGCCUUGGGGAGGGACGCGAAUCUCCCCUGCAUCGUGGAGAACCUCGGACAGCACAGGGUGGCGUGGAUCCACAUUGACCGUCAGAUGAUCGUAACGGUUCAUCGACACGUGAUAACCAAGAUUCCUAGAUUCUCGGUUUCCUACGACAAUCAGAAAACCUAUCUGCUUCAUGUCAGUGGCGUCCAGCAGCAGGACAGGGGCUACUACAUGUGCCAGGUCAACACCAAUCCGAUGAUCAGCCAAGUCGGCUACCUUCAGGUCAUCGUUCCUCCCAACAUCUUGGACUCUAUGUCUACCCAGAGCACGGUUGCCGUUCGGGAGAAUCAGAACAUAACCUUAACCUGCAAGGCGGACGGAUUUCCAACCCCGAAGCUCAGGUGGAGGCGAGAAGACGGCCAAGGGAUAUCCGUAGAUCGGCGCAAAAAAGUGCCAGCGUACGAAGGCGAGCAGCUGAAUCUGACGAGGAUUUCGCGGACCGAGAUGGGUGCUUAUCUCUGCAUCGCUACAAAUGGCGUCCCUCCAUCUGUCAGUAAAAGGAUAAUCGUCGACGUCGAAUUUUCCCCGAUGAUAUGGGUGCCAAAUCAGUUGGUCGGAGCACCGGCUGGAACGGACGUUACGAUCGACUGUCAAACCGAGGCACAUCCCAGGGCGAUAAGUUACUGGGUUUUCAACAGCGUGAUGGUAUUGCCAACGAAAAAAUACUCUACCGAAACAACGGAGAACAGUUAUCGCGCCGACAUGAAAUUGACCAUCAGGAAUCUUCAGCCUGGCGAUUUUGGCAGCUACCGAUGCAUCAGCAAGAAUUCACUCGGAGAAACCGAGGGAUCCAUCAGGCUCUACGAGAUACCGAAGCCUUCCGCACCGCCAAAGGCAACGGAGAUAAAAAGCAGUGCGAAUAAAGAAGGACGUAAGAGCACCCCCGCCCCGCCAAAAAGACAGACAACGAUAUGGCCCGCACCGUACAACCCCCAGUAUCCAAGGCGAACCGAGAGGCCGCCAACCAACGAGGAGCAGAUCGUACGGGCCGAACAGAAGCCCAGGGGUGACGCAAGCACAGGUAGUGCCUACAUCGUCAGAUGGAGUGCUCCGCAGCUGAUGAUAGUCGCCGUUCAGUACAUAUUGACGGGUCCUUACAUGCCACCGUAUAUACCGCAGAACGGUAACUAGGAUGAAGUGGACGAUAAAUGGAACUGCAGGUGCCACCUGAUCGAGCCAAGACUUGAUCCGUAUCCGUAUGUGUACAUAGAAGAACAACCCUGCGGAAGGGCUGCUAGUAACUUUUGACGUUGAUGGACAAUGACUACCAUCAUGUUUAAUGUAAAUUGGUUAGCUAAUGUAAAGAUAGGACGAACGCUGAGUGACCUACGAUGAGACCUCAGGGUCGAAGUUCCUCAGGAACCCCAAUCUGCCUGCAGGAAUAAGGGAUGAAAAACUGGGGUAAAUUGGAGUCCGCAGUUCAUUGAAACUAUUGCGAGUUAAUUCAGGAAUCGCAGAGGGUUAUGGCCGGGGCGUUAAGAAAAGGGAUGGAUAUGUGUUUGAGGCGUGGGCAAGAAGCAUGCCUCCGGUUUGGGGAACCGUUUUCGGGAUAGUCGGAAACCGAGCGAUGCCUGUACAACCGGGCUAAUCGCUCGUAGCUAAUAGCUUGUCGCUAAUCGUUAUUGUAUAACCCUUUGUAGCACCCCGGAAUCCGUUUAACCCCUCCGCAGUGUUGAAAGUUAAUUUUCUGCUAGUCAUUUCGAACUUCUUCGGGGGUUCGAGUUAUACGCGUGGUUUCAGCUGUGCGCAGUAACGACGAUUACAGGAGGAAAAGAGAUUUGUAAAAAAAAUUACACUCCUUGGGCAGGCACGGAGAAACAUCCCCAAAAAAAUCCGUUGUACGAAGGGAGAAUGAACUACGCCGAUUUUAGCACCGGCUGUAAACCACGGAAUGAUCGUCCGCGAACUUUUGAGGGUUGCGUCGCGCCGCCGGGGGUUGGAGGUGGACGUAGAGCUGGGGGUGGGGGUGCGGUGCAAGGUAUACAGGUAUGUUAAGCCACGCGUGAGAAACCCGCCACAGUCCCGGUUAACCGAAGCGUGAGAGAGAUACUGGCUGGUGACGUCAUUAGAUCAUUUAACGCCCCUGCCUCACAUGCGUGUAUUAUAUUAUACUAUCAUGUACAGACAAGGGUGUUCUCUAUGUAGCCUGCGCACAUGGUGGUAGACCGUAAUUACCCGUUAAUUCCAGCCCUGGUGCUCUCUAUUGCAGACUCUCGUACAAAAAAGGUAUCCAAAAGAAAAAGUUCGAUUCAAUUCAAAGGUUGAGACUGAACUCGAUCAACUCUAGUCUUACUUUUUUUGAUAACCCUGAACUUAACAACUUACUUCGUUUCUUCAAUACUCAACUGUUCUAUGCCCACCUAAU